AUGCCCGUCAGUAGAGCCCCGGAGUUCUCGGAGAAGAUAGCCAUCCAGGACGGUCGCGAAGACGGCUACUGGGUGAGUUCCUUCAAGUUCGCUGAGACCGAUAAGGUCCCGGGGGUGGUUGCGUCGGGCUUGAACUCUGGAAAGAUCGAAUUUCUGGACAACCCUAGGAACACAAGCGCAGAUCCAAAUGCAUGGACGGUGUAUCAGGUGGCUAAGCUAAAUACCCCUGUGGCUGUGGUGCCCAUGGAUAUCACACAGAAUGGACUGAUGGAUAUUGUGGUCUGCCAUGACUUCGGAGACACCAUGAUCCAAGCCAAUAUGCAGGGCGGGCAUAUCAGCUGGUUUGAAAACCCCGGUCGCGAUAAGCUUGAGCAGGACGUCAAGUGGACUCAGCAUUAUAUCGGCCGAUGGCCUGCAAUGCAUCGUCUGCAGGCAGGUUAUUUCACGCAGAGGUAA